UUUAUGACGGCGGUGAUAAGGCGAUUUACUCUUCAAAUCCGCCUAAGUGGACAAUAGGAAUCAACACCUGAGAACUUGAGAGGUGUUGCCAGAAGGUGUUGACAACCAGGAGCUUGGCUGUGUCAUGUUUACCCGCAAAGUAAUAAUAACCAUUGAGCAUGUCUAGUUCAGAGCUCAUCGUCAGUGUGAAGCUGGGCUCAGCUGUGAAGGUCUUCAUCUCUGCUUUGAUUAGCUGGCUCUCCUGAUGUCCGUUCAUCUAUAUGUGUACACCUAUGGUGCUCCAUGCUGACUUAAGCCAUUGUGGACCAAGUACAUGUAGCAUGUUGGCCUCUGCAAAGCUGUCUGCAAUAUGCGAUUCCACCAUGUGCAUGGAGCAUCUAUAUUGUUAUCCGAUGACAGCAGCUCUGCUCAGCGCAGUGAGAAACACUUCUGUAACGGUCUUGUGUUUAGCGAUCAAGCUGUCAAAAUCCUCCAAAAGGUGUGCGUGGAGCUAGGCUGUGUGACCACAUGGAGUGGGGGCCUUCGGGUAGGGGUCACAACGGUUGACCCCGGAACCUUGAAACCGUCUGACCUCCCAAAAUAUGCAUUCCCAGAUUUGACCGAUCGUGAUGGAUAUUGGUUUUGUUCGCUGAGCGAGGCAGAGUUAGACACAGGUACCAGGGUUAACCUUUAUGUUGACAGUGGAGGACACUUACAAAUCUUCAUCAACAGUCAUCAUAGAGGUGUCUUUCUGAGUCAUUUACCCACAAACAGGCCGCUCUGGCUGGUGUUUGACAUCUAUGGAAAUACACAGUCGGCAAAAUUUGUACGACCUGAUGACGCACCUACAGAAAUCCUUGCCCGGGGACCUGAUGCAGUACGUGCGUACGAAGAGGCUUGUACUUCAGGUGUCCAAUCACUGUUCAGGACACGCUUGAUGCUGGUGGGUCAGGAUGGAGUUGGCAAAACAAGUCUGCGGAGGGCUCUAGUUGGGCAGAAGCAUCGGGAGAAUGAGAAAAGCACAGAUGGCAUUGAUCUGUCAGCUUCCUGCUCUUUUAACCUCCGAGACAAGACAGCCUGGAGACUGGCCAUCCAGGGGCAGACAACUACUGACAGGCAGGAGGAGGAGGGGAAAUCAAACUCACAAACAGGUGUGCGAGAGACAGCGGAUGAAGAGUACCACAAAGCUAUAGCCACUAACAUUGUCCAUGAACUGCUGUAUCAGAGACGUGUAUCACAGGAGGUUGCGCGGAAACAAUCCUCUAAACAGCACCAGUGGUCACCUGCUAAACCCCGGAGUACAUCACCAGCAAAGACCCUUCCUCAGCAGCCUGGUGUUUCCCGUGACAAAGCACGCCUGUUAUCCAGAUCAUCCAGUGCCUCGUUGACUUCUGACCUCUCUGUUCCGCCUGAGUUGAUUCGCUCUGUUCCUGACAGAGUUGUCCAGCUUGUGCAGACCAUGCUGGAACAGAGGAAGCGUUCUAGCACAGCCUCAGGGAGAGUCAGCAGGGAGAAUCGUGGCAAAGAAAUCCUGCUGAAUAUAUGGGACUUCGCUGGCCACGCAGUGUACUAUACCACCCAUCAGGUGUUUUUAUCUUCAAGAGCUGUUUAUGUGAUAGUAUUUAAUUUGUGCCAUAACUUAGAUGAAACAGAAGAUGAAAAUGAGGGAAAGGAGUGCAGUGGGAAUGAGUUCUCCACAGUUGGGUACAUGGAUUUCUGGAUGAGAUCUAUCCAUGCCCACGCCGCUGACAAUGCUCGGCAGAGUGUGGACCAGAGCAUGUUAUCUCCCCCUAUCUUUGUUGUUGGGACGCAUCGGGACUCUUUACAUCCAGAUCCUACAGUACGACAAAAUAUGGUAGAAGAAAAGUUCCACCAACUCGAGCUUUACAUCAAAGAUAAACCGUAUGCCAAACACAUCAUCACCCCGUUCUUUGCUGUAGAGAACAGUUUAGAGGGAGAAGAAACAGUGUCUGAGUUACGACACGAGAUAGAAGAGGUGUCCUCCAGGGAGCCGUACAUGGGAGAACAGAGACCGCUGAAGUGGCUCAGGUUUGAACACAGGCUGGAGGAGCUGGUGGCAGAGGGCUCACACUACGCUACGUACGACCAGAUAGAGGAUAUAGCCGGAGAAGAGGAGAUCACCAGUGACACUGAGGUGAAGACCAUGUUACAGUUCUACCACGACUUGGGCCUGGUCAUAUACUACGGGGGGUCGGGUGCAUUAGACAAUCUGCUGAGGAACACUGUGAUACUCAACCCUCAAUGGCUCAUCCACCUGUUGAAGCGGAUCAUUGCUGCCACAGAGGUCAAAGAUAAGACAUGGUUGUCAUUGGCGUCUGAUUGGCAGAAACUGGAGGAUUGUGGGAUACUCCAAGAGUCUCUUCUAGAUUAUCUGUGGCAUGACGUUCUGGACCAGAAGUUUGUUCUCCUCAGUCUUAUGGAGAAGUUUGAUCUGCUGUGUACGAGGCCACAAGUAACCUCUAUGAUCGAUCAGUAUGGAGCAAGUUAUUACGUGCCAGUCAGGUUUAAGCCAUAUGAAGAAGGGAAAAGUUUGUAUUGCCCAAACCCCAAAGAUGUGACGUUUUACCUGGAUUUUAAUGGAUUCCUCCCGGAUGGCUUAUUCCACCGUAUCCUCACACGAGCUAUCCGCUGGUCUCAGGACCUGGGAGGAAUGGAACUGGAGCUCUACAGAAGAGAGGCACGCUUCUUUCUGGAUGCUGACCACGAUUUUUUCUUGGAAAUGUGUCCACGUCCAUACUGUAGGAUAAAGGUUGCUGUGGUGAAUGUCCGUGAGACCAGUGAUACAGAGGACGGUGAGGGAAACAAAGAUGUGCUAUCUCCCAACCCCAAAGCUUGUGCCAAAGUAAGGAACUUCUUGGAGUCGACUCUGUCAGACCUGAAGGCCAUGUGGAUGAGGAGGUUAUACUGCCGGGCCAGCGUGGAGUGCCCCUGCGGGAGGGUCUGUAAGCUCCACAACAACUCUGCCUGUCAGCUUAACCCUUGUAUACACUUUCUGGAUUUAGAUGAAUGUUUGGCAAACAAGGUGGUGUUGUGUGAACACCGUCGUGUGAAGACAAACAAGUUCACAAAGUGGUUUCCUGAGCCCAUCCACUUGGGUUCCCAUGGGCCAGUGCUGCCGAGUAUAUUCUUGGAGGAGACCCAUGGGAAUAUAGAGAAGCAAUGUCCAAACCUGCCGUCCUGGGUAAAGGGAGCGGCCAAACUGCUGAAUGGGGGACUGGAAGACCAGGACUGGCUGUCUCUGGCCAAACAGUUAGGGUACAAGCAGGCCAAGCUGGAUAAGUUCAAUGAUGACUUAAACCCAGCCCUGGCGCUGCUGACAGACUGGAUCCUGACCAGUGGGAACACUGCUCUGUCUGUGGAUGUCCUCAUCACCUACCUUGAGCAGAUGAAGAGAGAAGAUAUCGUGGAGGCCAUCCAGGCCGGCCAAGAGAGGGACUCUGAUCCUGCCCAGAUAUUCAUCAGCUACCAGUGGGACAGCCAGGAGGAGGUGCAAGCACUAAGGGACCGUCUGGAGAGGACUGGCUUCACCUGCUGGAUGGACAUUGGUCAGAUGGGAGGAGGUGACCAGCUCUACACCAAAAUUGACAUGGGGAUACGACAAGCCAAGGUUGUGCUGGCCUGUGUCAGUCCAAAAUACAUCGUAUCCCAUUAUUGUAACCGUGAGUUAAGUCUGGCUGAUCUGGUGCAGAAGCCCAUUAUCCCAGUGGUCUUUGAUCUGGUCACAUGGCCUCCACCAGGGGGAAUGUCACUCGUCUUCUCCCAGCUUGUCUACAUCAACAUGAAAGGUGUUGGCGGUCAUGGUGGCUCAGGGGCACAUGCAGAUUUGGAGGACAAAUAUAAUGAGAUCAUUCAUCGAAUCAGCCAGUAUGCUGAGCCAGCACAGACGCCGCGUCAUCCAACAUCCGUUUUGAAGGACAACUCUAAGAUAAUGGCGGAAAACUCCUACACCAGCAUCGCUGACACCAUCGGGCCUUUCUCAGGAUUCUCACCCCAGGGAGCUCAAGGGAAUCCGGCUCAGACUAUACCCUCACUAGAAGUGCAUCGCUCAAUGUCGCGCUUGUCAGGGUCGCGCGCCAGUGCUGACACCACCAUACCCCCACCGGUGGUAGAGCGUGUUCACGUGUCGAAAUGUGGGGUGUGCUCUAUACUGUGAUAAAUCAGACGUUUUCUCUACUCUUUAGUAGCCGUAUCGGUCAGGGGUACAUUAGUGGGAACAACUGUACGCAUGGACCACUCACACACACGUUGUUAUAACAAGUCUGUUUUUAUUAAAUAAUUUAAAAUAAAUGUAAAAAGCAUGGCAUACAAAUUUUACAUCUGAAAAUGACUCAUUAUCAA